AUGGUGAUUCAUCCUUCAUUGCGAAACAUUGGUCAGGCAUCAUUUUUCAUGAUAAUGGUUCAGGCGAUGUGCCCUCCAGCCGGUAUCGAAACAAUCUUUAUUUUCAUGGCAAUCUCUAUCUGGCUAGGUAUGUUGCUGGCCUGGGGCUGGGGCGUCAUCGUGAUGAAAGCGGCCUACGCAGCGCGACCAGCUUCAGUCUACCAGGCUCAACUACAGCACAUGCAACAAGUCGCGACGCAACGCGCCAAUCAAUCAGGUCUACCUGUCGCUACCGAAGCACGCGCCCUCGUGUAUGAAGGAUAUAUGCUGGAUGCUCGUGUCUCUGCAGUUUUCCUGGUUCUGGGGAUCCUUUUCGUCUACGUUAUUUCUCUUAUACGCAUAAAAAAUCCCAAGUUCGUCUUUUUUCACCUCUUCGGAAUUAUCGUCAUUGAUAUCUUUAUAACAAUCGGUCCAUUGUUACCGAGCUUCAAUGGCACUUUGUCAAAUCUGAUCGUCGUGCCUAGCUCGAUAGGAUUAGGCCUUGCUUUUGUCGCCUCCCUUCUUCUCUUUCCGCAGUCGACGUCCCAUAUUACACUGGACACGAUGGAGAAAAUAGUGGAUAUGCUCAAGAUUCCCCUAACGGCCACUCUAGACGGGCCAGUGGAGAAGGCAAAAGAAUCGGAGGAACUCGCGGGUCUAAAAGCUACUGAACAGGGCUUGCUCGGCCAAUGGAAUGAACUGCAACCGAUGCUUGGGUUUCUGAAACUUGAUCUUAGUAUUGGCCGGUGGAGUGAUAAAGAUAUCACCAACGUUGCAGAAGAUUUGCGAAAGGCUUUCAUCGGUACUAAGAAUCUUUUGAACUUCAAGAUAGCUCGACUGAGCCAUACACUUCAAUCCCAAAAGACUCUGGCGCUACCUCUACCUGGUACUGCUUCGUCAGAGGAUAACGGUGAGGAUGCCGAAUCAACAGAGACAUCACUAAAGGAAAAGAUCAAAAGGCCGACAGAUGUUGGUUUUCAUCAAUUAACCGAAUUUUCAGUGUUUCUAAAAGCCAUCGAUGAUUCUCAUAGUGCUGAAAUCCAAAACGAAACUGUGGCAAUGCUUCAUGAGAAUAGCGCAGAAGUCAUCCAAGCUUCUCUUGAGGCCUUGGACUCAGUGAAGGAGCUUUUCAACACUGUUAAUACUGCUAGAAUAUUCAGUCGUCUGUCUCAGGAAACCCAAGAACAACAUGUCAAACGAAGCGAGUCUUCUUUGGAGAACCUACGCGCUGCGCGAGCUACCUUUGUCCAAAAGACCACCGAACAAUUACUAGAGACUAACGCCGAAUUAUUCGAUGCAGAAGGCAAGGUCAAGGAAUUGAAGAUGCACCUUCGUCACCGGUUCCGCGUCGUGGUUUUCGGCAUGAUUUUUGAAGAACAUAUCCUCGGGGUCGUGGAUGGGAUUAUCCCUUUACUUGAAACCACUGCUUCGCGCUACAGGGACAAAACUCGCGCUCGAAUCUGGUUUCCAGCUAGAAUCAGAAAGGUCACUAAAUGGAUAUUCGGACGAGCUGAAAAGGCGCCCGUUCGCGCUGACACUCAAUACGCUGAUCCGGAUGAGAUUGUCGAUCAGUCCGAAGUGCUCCAGGAGAAGCUGGGAAUAGCCAAGGGUAUCGGAAAGAGACCAGGUUCGAAAUUGGGGAGAGGUAUUAGUGGUUUCUAUCGAUUUCUUGUUUCGCCAGAUUCGCUUUACGGAAUUCGUAUGGUGGUGGUAUCUAUCGCCGUGGCUAUCCCAGCGGUGAUCCCUCAUACAGCCGGAUUCUAUUAUAAACAGAGAGGUCUUUGGGCACUAAUCAUGGCUCAGACGACAUUACUUGCUUAUAUGGCUGAUUUCACAUACUCAGUGGUCGCCAGGGCUAUUGGAUCAGUGGUUGGCGCCGUGUUGGGUCUUGUGGCUUGGUAUAUUGGCUCUGGAAACGGUGAUGGGAAUGCGUUUGGUUUGGCUGCUAUAAUUGGAGUCCUGCUCUUUCCGAUGAUAUAUGCACGUGUGAUUUUGCCGCCUCAGUUCUUGAUGCCAGUGGUAAUGGGCGCUGCAACAUUUUUCUUGGUUGUAGGAUACGGCUAUGAUUAUGGGCACAUCGCAGCAUACGGUUUACCAGGCUACGGGUACACAAUCUUCUGGCGGCGGUUACUUCUUGCUCUCAUCGGUCUUGGAGCUUCAAUAAUCGUUCAAGUCCUCCCGCGUCCAGUUUCAGCUACUCGACAUGUCAGCCGGGCACUUUCAAACUCAAUUAGCACACUAUGUGACCAUUACGCUCUCCUUCUCUCGUCAUUAGGCGAAUCCCACAACCCGGGCCUUCAAGCCGUGACUGGACAACUCUCCAUCCAAUUAUCCGGAUCUCUCAGUGAACUAGACGUGCUGAUUACACUCAUCAAAAUCGAAAUCUCAACGACAAACUUUGACAGCGCAGCCUUGCGCAAAAUCAAGGAUCUUUGUGUAGAACUGAACUACUCCCUCGGCAGAUUACUCUACAUCACUUCCUCACUAUCCAUCGAGUACCAAGAACUACUAUCCCGCGAAGUCGGUCUUCGCAGUCACCAUGCCAUCGGCGAUGUCAUGGCAGUACUAGGCGUCAUCGAGCAAUCCCUCAAAACAGGCGAUGCGCUUCCAGAAGUCCUACCCACACCGCUGGUGAAGAGAUGUUUUGAUCAUUGGGUCAAAGCAGAUAUGGGUCUGAUAAUGAGUGUGACCAAGGCUAGGGAUGAAGAGUAUCGCAAGUUUUGCACGGCGUUGAGCUCGUAUUUGAGGUUUUUAGCGGCCGUGGAUGAUCUUGUUUUGGUUAUGAAGGAGACUUUGGGAGAGGCGCAUGUUGUGUCUAGAGAGUUGUUGCAUCAGAUUUGAUUUUGAAUUACCUAAUAGUAUAUCAUCAAUUUAAUAGUUUUGCUUG